AUGGACAAGCACAAGUUUCCACCAAAAAAUAUCUACAACGUAGACGAAACGGGUAUAAGUACUGUGCAAAGCAAGCCAUCAAAAGUUCUUGCAAAGACCGGAAGGAAACAAGUUGGGUCCUUGGUUUCAGCGGAACGUGGUCAGACCGUCACAUUCGAAACGUGCAUGAGCGUCACAGGGUCUUUCAUCCCACCCAUGUUUAUCUUACCACGUGUCAGAAUGAAGAUGGAACUAAUGAACAGAGCUCCUCCAGGAUCAAUCUAUGAGUGUCACAAGAGUGGAUGGAUGCAGAUGGACAUAUUCACAAUCUGGUUCAAGCACUUCAUCCGAUCGUCUGGCGCUUCUAAGGACAACCCGAUCUUGUUGAUACUUGAUGGGCACGCAACACAUGUCAAAAACUUGGACGUUAUAGACCUUGCCAGACACAACAGAGUUGUGAUGCUGUGUCUGCCCCCACAUUGCUCUCACAGAAUGCAGCCACUUGAUGUGAGCUUUAUGAAGCCACUGUCAACAUACUAUGACCAAGAACUGAAGAAAUGGUUGAGAAACAAUCCAGGUCGAGUUGUCACGACCUUCCAGGUUGCAGAGUUGUUCGGCAAUGUAUACAUGAGGGCAGCAACUACGCAGGUGGCAGCUAGUGGGUUUCGCAAAACAGGAAUAUAUCCUACCAACAGAGAUGUCUUCCUCCCUCAUGAAUUCCUAGCGGCAGAUGUAACAGAUCUUCCCAUGGACGACGGAGGCAACGAACAACUCAGUGAAUUAGGAGUGGAAGUAGCUGCUCCAGGUAGUGAGGAUAAGGUUGAUCGUGUAGGAGGCAUUGCAGAGUUGACUGCCACAGUAGACAUCGAAAGACCUCACACGGAAGAUCAUGAAGCAGUGAAAGAGGGGUCCAAAACUGCUCCAAACCUGCUUGCCGAUGCAACAGAUCCUGAUACUAACAACGGUAAUACAACUCGGGCAAAGGGAAAGGGUUCAGCAAAAGCGCGAACUCCUGUCCAGCCUAAAACCGGUGGGAAAAGGAAGCGCAAGACAGAUAGACAAGUGCUGAGUGACACUUCAUCAAGUGAAGAUGAUGCUGGUGAUGCCGAGUGUAUCUACUGCAGUGAACUGUGGAGUGCAGGCAAUGAUGGCAUGAUCCAGUGCUCAAUCUGUUCUGAAUGGGCACAUGAAGCUUGCGCGGGAAAAGAGGGUGAUCCUGAAGAAGAAUUUGUGUGUGAUCUCUGUUCUUAA